GGCAGAGGCUCCGGGCGGAGCGGAGAGCAGAGGAGCCGUUUCCCCGGGACGUCCGCCGCCGCCGCCGCCGCAGGGAUGCGGGCGCGUGUUGCCGCCGCCGCGUCGCGGCUCAAGUGAGAGGAGAGUCGGGGGACAGGGCCCAGGAGCCUCGGGGCUCGCCUGUGAGCUUACUCUCGUGCCGGGCCCCCCAGCCCCGAGCCGCCGCCGCCAUCAUGCCGGUGAAGAAGAAGAGCGGCUUCCAGAUCACCAGCGUGACCACGGCGCAGGUGGCGGCCAGCAGCCUGACCGAGGACACGGAGAGCCUGGAGGACCCGGACGAGUCCCGCACCGAGGACCUCUCCUCGGACAUCUUCGACGUGUCCUCGCGGGCCACCGACUACGAGCAGGAGGAGGUGUGCGACCGCAGCUCGUCCGAGGAGACGCUCAACAACGUGGGAGAGGCGGACACCCCGGGCGCCGUGUCUCCUAACCUGCCGCAGGACGGCCUGCCCGGCCCCGCCCGGCCCCGGCCCGCCCGGCCCCGCGCCAUCGGCCUGUCCUCCCGCCUGACCGCCGGCCCAGCGACUCCCGCUCCCGGGGCGGCCGGCGGGGCGGGUCCGGCCGCCACGCCGCCUCUGUCCUCCUCCAGCAGCGGCACGGCCUCGGUGCAGCCCGCCGUCGCCUGCACCUCCCGCUUCAGGGUGAUCAAGCUGGACCACGGCUCGGGCGAGCCUUUCCGCCGCGGUCGCUGGACCUGCACCGAGUUUUACGACCGGGACUCGGACAGCACUGUGCUCGGCAGGACGUGCGACAGCAUCCGCCACAACAGCAGCGCCCUGGAGCAGCAGAGCGCCGAGAGGGACAGCGGCCUCGGCGCCACGGCCAGCUCCGGCCUCGGCCUCCCGUCUCACUCGGUGCCCGCCGCCGAGUCGCUGAGCGACGGCUCGCAAGUGGUCGCCGUCUCGCAAGUCUAUCCCACCUCUGCGGUAGUCAACCCAUCGCUGGGAGGCCCACAGCAGCACCAGUCCCUGGUAAACGUCCAGACUGCGGCAGGACAACCGAAUGGGAUGGCCCUGCAGCCACCAAAUGCAACCAUCUCCCAGACCAACGUGGCUGGGGCACCUCUGCAGGCGCCACCGCCGCAGUUUACCUUCGCUCAGACCCAGCUCCCACCCGUGCAUCUACUGCCAUCGCAAGCCGCAGUUCCCAACAGCCAGCUCGAGUAUAUGCAACUUAUGCAGGGUCCUGGAGCCAUCCCGCAAUCCGCAAAUUCACUUAUACCCAGUGCUGGAGGUCCCAGCCUAACUGUGGUUCCCGGUCCUUCACCAGUGAUGCAGGCCAGUGGAGCUCUAGUGAUGGGAGUGCCAGCACAGAGCAGUGAUUCAGUCGGUCUAAGUGGACAAGGGAUGCAAAAUGUUGUGCCAGGUACUGUGCCAGGUGUGGUCUUGCAGCAUCAAAGCCUGGGCUCAUCAGGGGUUCAGCAACAUGUUCAAGCUUCAAGUCUGCAGCCUGGAAUGGUCAGUCAGCUGUCUGGAUUGUUUAGUGGGUCUCACAUUGUGGCUCCUGGCAUCCAAAAUGUGCCUGCAGUUGUGCCCAGUACUGGUGUUUCAAGUGUACCAACUAGUAUGCCUACUAGUAUAUCUACCACUCCUGUUACUAUGCCAAAUGUUCCAGCAACAAUGGUUCAACUUCAGCAAAGCACUCAGACAUCGAUUAUUGGGAGUACCACUGGCCUGAUGCAGUCUGGGCUUCCUGCUGCGAUGCAAGGUUCAAUCAAUUUAUCUUCAACCAUGUCACAGACUAACCUUAGUCAGUUCCCGGCACAACAAGGAGCAGGCCAACUGGAGGAGAGACGGAGUUCAGAACAGCUCAUACCUCAAUCUGGUGAAAGCAAACCCUCUAUGAAGCCUUUUAUUCCUGAGAUUCUUGGUAACCCUCUGCAUUUACAAGUGGCAACUCCAAUGAACAGCCUUGCAAAUUCUGUGUUCUCUAUCCCGAUUGAUGGGGAUGAAGACAGGAAUCCAUCCGCUGCUUUCUACCAAGCUUUCCCCGUAAACAAGUCUCGGGACGCAAAGACCCUCUACAAUAGUGCUUCAGGAGCUAGUGUGGUCGCCAUCGAUAACAAAAUCGAACAGGCAAUGGAUUUAGUGAAAAGCCAUCUGAUGUAUGCAGUCAGAGAAGAAGUGGAAGUCUUGAAGGAACAGAUCAAAGAACUGAUUGAAAGGAACUGUUCACUAGAACGAGAGAAUUCGCUGUUAAAGUCACUCACGAACAAUGACCAGUUGUCCCAGCUCCAAAUCCAACCAUCCAACCCCAGUAGCACUUCCCAACCACAGCAACCGACUGCAGUAGCACAAGCUCCAGCAAGCACACAACAGACACAGCCGCCUCCACAGCCUAACGUCUCUUCUGCAUGAAACGCGCUCGCCUGCAUAGGAAAAGGAAAUCUUUUUACAACCCAAUCGUUCUCUCUCUCUCUCCCCGUGUGCCACUGAUGGUGUUUAGCACUACGCGGGCAGUGAAAUUAGCCAUGGCUUCAAAGUGUGUGUUUUGCUCGUUGGCCUUCUCAGUAUUAGACAAUCAUCCGCAAGAGCUUUCAACACCCGGCGUCGCGUCAAGGCAAUCGGGACGGCAUCCAUGAUAGUGUGGAGAACACACGCAGGAGGUGUUCUGUUGGGAGGAGACUCGUGUCCAGUGGGAGGCAGGCUGAUUUCAUCAGGUUGAUGGAGGACUGAAUAUUCCUACAUUGAUGUGGCUUACCAAGGUUUUUUUUCUUAAGAAAAAUAGGAAUCUGUGUCAUUCGCGCCUCACUGUUUAACAUUAAGACCUUGUUAACAGUUCUUUCUGAAAGAGCCACCAUUCUAGUAACCUUUUGCAUCCACGACUUUUUCAUUUCCUGUUUGUGUUUAUUUAUUACAGGGCUGCUAUUUUCAUAUGUAAAUGAACAAUGUCACAGAAUUUUUUUUGUGUAAGUUUAAAAAAAAAUGAAAGAUUAUAAGAUUACUGAUAAACGCGAGUGCUGGUUGGGAUUGCAUAUAUUAGUUUAAAAAAUAUAUAGGUAAUAAUAAAAUAAAAAUUCUGGCUUAGAGGUUCUAACACUAUGGGGAUGUUCUACAAUAGUUGGAUCCCAAAUUUGAAUGUAAAUUUUGUAUAGAUUGUAAGUAUUAUAAGACCAUAGCAUAUACAAGUGGUCAGCAGAGGCUGUGACCCAACAAACCUUGAAAAUAAUAUUUAGGCAUUUAAUGAAGAAACAAAUAAAACUGCUCAUUUCUGUUGCUGGUUUCUUUUUCUGGGGAAAAAAAUUGCCAUGAUUUUUCUCUGACCUUUUUUGUUUAUUAAAAAGAAAAGGGGAGAUUCUCUUUUUUUCCCACCGAGAGUGCGAUGUUUGGGUGGGAGGAAUAAAAAGCUGUGAAAUUGUUCAACCUACUUUGUAACCAAAGAAGCAAAGCUGUGUAACUGAAUUCAUUUAUUUUGUAUCGGACGUUCUAUAUAGUUUUUAUUUAGUUUUGAUUUUUUUCAGCUUUGACAAGUGUUUUUUUUCCUUUAGACUCUUCAGCAUGUUCUGCAUGACCCCCCUACCCCUACCCCCUCUCUCUCUCUGAACCAUUCUCUUACCUCACGUUUUACUGAGCCCUCCUUACUGUAACAAGUUAGUCUGUGAACAAGUGUCCAAUGAACACUAAAGAACAGCUGUUGGGUUCAAGCUAGAGCUAGUGUGAAUUACUAGUCAGGAAAUGGAGUGAGAUAUCUUUUGUUCAUUUAAAUGGUGUUCUGAAUUUCAUAUGCAUAAAGUUUUGUUACAUUGCAGAUUUUAUUGUAUUUAAUAAAUGCAACAUGUGCCGAUUCAGAUGUCCUCUUUGUCCCGAGUGGUUCAAUUAAAGCAUGGAUUCCAGUG